UUCACGCCAGGAAGGAGGAAGACGCACCAGCGCCAGCUCUUCCUUGAUUUGUGUCGGCGUGAUCUCAGUCAGUGUGAGCGGCUCCUCUCCUCGUCCCUCCUCUCCGUUCUGUGUGUCCAUCCAUGCCCGCUGUGUAAAACUGCUGCUUCACCGGGGUCCCGGGUCUGUGGAAUGAGUUUUAUCACCAACUGGAGACGAAGCGUGAAGAAAAAUGACAGUAAAAAGGAUGCCCAGGAGGCACAACACAUCCCUGACAGCCCAGACUCCCCGAGUCGGUUGUCAGUCAUAAACAGUCCAGACCUGGAUCCCAUCAUCACAGACUUCAGGUUACAGCUAUCGGACAACAAAGAUGCUCUGGAGUCAACGAAUCCAUCUAAUGGGUGCUCGCGGUCAGACCUGUCUCUGGCGCUGGAGGACUGUAUGGCUGCCUUGGAUCUGUUUCUGAGGAAUGACUUUGAGGAGGCGCAGGCCCGGCUCAAAUGCAGAACCAAAGACAGCAUGUACCAUGCCCUGACUUACGCCACGAUUCUAGAAAUGCAGGCCAUGAUGACCUUUGACCCCCAACACAUCCUGGCUGCAGGAAACACCAUGAAGGAGGCCCAGGCUAUUUGCCAACGGCACCGCAAGAAGUCAAGCUUCUCCAAAAACUUCACAGAAGAGGAGCUCCAUGCUGAAGUUUGCUACGCCGAGUGUCUCCUGCAGAGGGCAGCACUCACCUUCCUACAGGAUGAAAACAUGAUCAGUUUCAUUAAAGGGGGAAUCAAAGUGAGGAACAGCUACCAGACAUACAAAGAGCUUCACACAGUCCUCCAAUCUGCUGGAUACACUCAUGGUGACAACCAUGGCCAUUUUGAAGGUGGUGUUAAAUUGGGAGUAGGAGCCUUUAAUCUAAUGAUUUCCAUGUUGCCCACACGGACACUCAAGCUGCUGGAGUUUGUCGGUUUCUCUGGUAACAAGGAGUUUGGUCUCCAGCAGCUUCAGGAGGGCUCUGCAGAAAGCACAUUCAGAUCCUUUCUUUGUAACAUGCUGCUGCUAUGUUACCACACCUUCAUGAGCUUCAUACUAGGCACUGGAGAAGGAGAUGUAGAAGAUGCAGAGAAACUGCUGCAGCCAUAUCUCAAAAAAUAUCCUAAGGGUUCCAUCUUCUUGUUCUUCGCUGGCCGAAUAGAAGAGAUCAAAGGCAACCUGGAUGCUGCUAUCAAGCGUUUCGAGGAGUGCUGCGAGGCUCAGCAGCAGUGGAAGCAGUUUCACCACAUGUGCUACUGGGAGCUGAUGUGGUGCUUCACUUACAAGAGGCACUGGAAGAUGGCUUACUUCUACGCAGAUCUGCUCAGCAAGGAGAACUCAUGGUCUAAGGCUACCUAUGCAUAUAUGAAAGCAGCCUACCUCAGCAUGCUGACUAAGGAUGAUUGUCUAACCUUCGGAGAGACUGCGCUCACUCUUUUCAGGCAGGUUCCAGGGCUAAAGCAGAAAAUAGCUGGCAAGUCUUUACCAACGGAGAAGUUUGCUAUCAGGAAAGCCAGACGCUACCUCGCAGAAAACCCAAUCCCUCUACCUGUUCCUCCACUGGAGAUGAUGUACAUAUGGAACGGCUAUACAGUCAUUGGCAAACACAAAGACCUGACGGAGGGCAUGCUGAAAACACUGGAUGAGGCACAAGCUAAACUCGAGAGCAGGACUGAGUUCUCCAUAGAUGAUCAGUGUCUGCUGAGCCUACUGAAGGGACUGUGUCUCAAACACCUAGGACACCAAGAGGAGGCCGAACACUACUUUACCCUUGUCCUCUGCAAUGAGACUCAGAUCAAAUAUGACCACUAUCUGGUUCCCAAUGCUCUGCUGGAGCAUGGUCUGCUCUGUCUGGAGCAGGGAAGAAAAGAUGAAGCUAUCAAACUCCUAGAAGCAGCAAAGCAAAAUUACAAAAACUACUCUAUGGAAUCACGGACACACUUCCGUAUUCAGGCUGCUCUGCACAAGGCCAAAGGCGCCGGCGAGAAUGGUAUCCAUGUUCCUUCCAGCCCUUAGCAGACAGAGGAGGGCACAAUAGAGCAGAGACAGCUUUCUGUUUCUGCAGUCCCACAAUGCAACACUCAGCCCCGCCCAGCUCCGCCCAUUCAGACAAGCAAUUUGUUUUUUGUUUUUUUUUUUCAUCAGGAGCAUAGGGGCAAGAGGAAUGCUUAUUUUUCUCGUGUGUGCCACCCUAACAGGCAACUGCAGCUCUAUGUGGCCCUAACUGGCUUAGGAGGGUUUGCUACGCUCUUUUCCACUAAUAUAUUAAGGUUGAAAUUAAUUUCCUCGUGCGAUUUGAAAAAGAGACAAUUUGAGAAAUGUGCCCAUAUUUAAGAAACAUUGCUUCUAGCUGGCUUAUUUGUCUAGCACCUUGGCCACCCAUAAGGGGCGCACUAGGGUAGAAAACAAGGCCACAUUUGCAUAGUACAUACCACAGAAGGCCUCCACUACUACCCCAGGAUAAAAAUGUACCCAGUUCAGGGUAUUGGAGUUGGACCUGAUGGAGCCAAAGUACCGAACAGCCCCCUAUAAAUUAUAGACACAAACUCUACCCUGCCAGCAGCACCAUUUGGCAAUGGUUGCAAUAAAGCACUCCCACUUCUUUUAAUUUAUUGAUAAGAAAUGACUCCAAUAGAAGGGAGAUCACACAUCAUCAUGUGUUGACUUAUUUUGACACCCGUUAUCUAUCAUUCAACUUGCCACAUACUCCAUGAGAACUAUGAGACUGUUUUGCAUUGUCAUUUGAUAAAUUUAUGUUGACAGGUUUAACCUUUGUUCAGAUUUUUGAUCACCUAUAUGACCAACUUAAAUGCGAAUUCUGAAUGUUGAUUUCACCUUCUUACAUAACCUUUUGUUCAAAGUGUUUCUCAGUGAAAGUGAAUCUGUUAUUGUUUCUCUUUUCUUCCUUUCCUUCUACACUAUUGAAACACUGAAAGACAAAAAAAAAUAUUCAUGUGGAAUACUUUCUUUCAGUCUCCUUCAGAAGAACUGAUUUAAUCUGUUGUAUUUACAGUUACAUGUGAUGGCUCUUGCACAAAGCUUUGUAAAUCAGCCAGCCAUGCAAACUCUCCAUGGUCAAAAAAUGCCUAUCAGACUUGCAGUGAGAGUUGUUCUUUACAUUUAUAUACUGUAAAUGGCACCUUUUACACAGAAUGUCCUGUUUUAAGAGGACAGAUGAAUGUGUCUUUUAGAAAGGCAGACUCCCUUCUUUUCUCCUCCUGGUGUGUGGGACAGGCUCCAGCAGUACUUGAGCUUGAACAAACAGGCUAUUCACGCUGAGCAGUGAAGGGCUGCGUGCUUGUCUGCCUGUUGCAUCUUUAGUGGGUGAAGAAGCUCUGAAUGGCAACCAUCACAGACUUCCUGCUUUGUGAACAUCCUCUGCUACUCAUGUAUCAGCCAUGCUUGACUAGAACCACCCAUAGAGUGACUUGAACAUCAUAACCACGGUCCUGUGUCAAAUAAUAAUCUGUACAUGUACAAAUACUUGUAAUGGUUGAAAUGAUAAGACAGAAAGGGGUCACCUCUAAUUGUGCUGGUAGUCAGGUUAUUUGAAGGUCUGUUUCACAGUGUCCAAAACCUAGAAACUCAGAUGGUGUCUCAUGCGUUGGAAUUAGAGCACAGCUGAUUUAUUCAUGAUUAGAGUAAGGUUUUGGAUUCAAGACAAUGACUAGGAGCCAGUUUCAAUAUUUUUAAUGGUGGAGGAAAUGUACUCUAAUUACUAUUUUUAACAGCAGUGGCUGUCUGUGAUAUUCCAAUAACACAUUGUAUUUUAUUUUCUAGUAAUUAAUUAAGCUCUUUUUUCCCCCUUUUGUUUUACUGAUGUAGCUGAAAGAAACUCUAACCGAAUUUAGUGGCAUUGUGAUGUUGACAAUCAGCAUAUUACACUGGGCAUGGCCACCACUGAGCAGAAUGACAUUCCUGUAUAUACUGAAUGUUUCUAUUAUAAUUUAAGAUAAAACGAUUAUAAGCAACAUAAAAAAAACAUUGCAUUUUG